AGGCAGAUGCAUAGCAAGAUAGUAUGCUUACAGAUCAGAAAUUUGUAGUGUUAGUCUGGUGAACAUGCGUGACCCAUGCCGUGUGUGUGGCGUGUGUGUGCAGGGCGGUCAGUGUCGCUGGUUGUUCAGCGCAUGUGGCCGUCUGAGGUUGGCAGUCAUCCUUUCGCACGUGUUGGGCUUGGAGUUGCAACGAGACGGCCACAGCGAGUUUCUCUGCGGAAAAUGCGUGUUUUUACUCGAGCGCAUUGUGCAAUGCGACGUCGCCAUUGGACAGCUGCAGGAAACGCAUGCCGCUCAGCUGCAGCGGAUGCAGAACGACAGAGAUGGACUGAAAGCGCAAAUCACAAACAAGUACAGACAACAUAACCAACACAAAAUAAGUGGAAACGUACCUCUUAAACAGGAAGUUCAGACUGGAACAAGCUUAAAUACUUCAAAGCAGCUGCAAUGCAUUCGACGAGCUCAACCUGUUCAACCAAAGCAGCAACAAACACGGAUUGCCAGUGUCCAAGACAAACUAGGAAGAAGUCAAGGGCUUGUUUCUGUGAAUUCAGAUGGUGAAGGCCAACAGGAGAAGUUUAAAGGUCGAUUGAGGAGGUGUGUGAGUCUUGAGCCGCUUAGUAAAACAGAUCGUUCUCAACGUUCAAAAUUACUUUCUUCUUCACAUAAAAAUUUAAAAACCACUGGCGUGCCAGUAACCCGACCUCGUUCUCUUAGUCGCGACUAUUUGGACGUCGUAAAUAAGAAGAGCGCUUUGAUUUCACGCUCAACUUCCCUCCAAUCAGUGGCCCUGGAGCAGUAUGACCACGCCCACAUCAGUGCAUCACCCCUCAGACAGACACGCCCACUGAGAGGCUCCACCCCCACAACCGUAGAAACGACCUCGCUGGUGUGUGAUAUACUGCAGCUCUUGAAGAGUGUGCAAGGAGUGCGGCCUGUCCCACGAUGCAACAGUAGCAAGAUUCCAGUAUUAAAAUAUCCGAGUUAUAUACAUGGAAACACCCACAGCGGUGUGUCUUGGAAAUUGAAGCUGGAGAGAAGUCUGAGAGAGAUGGAAGAGGAUUUUAAUGAUGAAUACAUACCUGUUAAACAGGAGAUGUUUGUUGAAAGGCAGAAUGAACUGAGCAGAUUGGAGCAGAAAACCAGGCAGCUGACCGAAGAACUGAACACGGCCAAAAGCAGCAGCCAGACCCUCAAACACACGCUAGAAGAAACGGAGAGAGAAAAUAAGGCUCUUUCUGAUGAGCUGCAGGAGAGAGAGAUCGAACUGUCAGCAGAGAAGAAGAACUCUCUGAAACGAGACAAAACCAUCCAGGGUCUCAGUCUGGUUCUCAAAGAGAAGGAGAAAGAGAUCGAGGGUCUAUCUGGUGAUCUUGAAGAGAAAGAUCAGGCUCUUGCUAAGGCUCGAGAGGCCCUUCAUAAAGCCAAACUACAGAAGUAUCAGGGGGCUGAAGACCAGCAGUCUUUACUCCUGGAGCAGCAGGCUGAAUUAUCACGGCUCCAGGCGGAGGCUCACUCCUCGCUGCUGGAAGCCCAGAGGCUGCAGCGUGUGCUGGGCAGCAGAGAUUCAGAGCUGUGCCUUCUUCAGCAGGUCAAACUAGAACUAGAACAAGAGCUGGAGCAACUGCAGCAACAGAAGAAGAAGGGAGACAAGACCAUUAAUGAUCUUCAGAACCAGUUGAAGAAGCUAAACGGAGCUCUUGCUGACAGAGAGAACGCUCUAGAACAACAGCGUCUAGAACAGCAAGAGCAAAACCGCGCAGCUGAACAAAAACUACAGAACACCAUAGAACGACUCACAGCUAGUCUGAAUCAUAAAGACCAGCAGCUGCAGGACUAUAUGAACAUGGUUAAAGAUCUGGAGAAGAACAGAACUCAAGAGGAAGGUGAUCCCAUGGUGGAUAAACUGAGAGCACGACUCAAGGAGAAAGAGAAAGCACUUGAGAAAGCCUUGGAUGAGAAGUUUGCAGCCGUGGAGGAGAAAGAAAAUGAGAUCCAUUUGCUGCAGCUGAGCUUGAGAGAGAAAGAAAGAGACGUGGAGCGUCUCAACAACCUGCUCUCACACAACGAGGAGACUAUCAAUAGUUUUGAUGCUCUAAUAAAGGAAAGAGAUCUGGAGCUGCAGCAGCUGUUGAACUCGCUGAAGAAUCUUCAGAGGUGUAAAGACGAGACUGAGCAGAACCUCCAGAGAGCUCUGAGAGAGAAAGACGCCAUUAUACAGCACUUACAGCAAGCGCUGGACAACAAAACGAGAGACAUGGAGGAGAUGGCCGGUAGGGUUCUGAGCCAAUCAGAGUCCCAGGGUCGUGACCUCGCAGAGCAGAUGAGUCAGAGGUUAAAGGUCACAGAGGCGAUGCUGUCCGAGGCAGUGAAGGACAGAGAGAGGCUAGUGACCGAGAACCAAGCCGCUGUACAAAACCUGCUGGCCACAAUCAGCAGCAAAGACCAGCUUCUGAAGGAGAGUGCGGAGCGUCACGUACAGGCUCUGAAUAAUCGUGCAGGAGAACUGCAGGAUCUUCGCAAGGAGUUGGCAGACACACAGCUGCAGCUCAGAAACGCACAGAGACUGAACGCUACAGCAACACAGGACGGUCAUCUAGAGACUGCUGAACUCCGUGCAAUGUUGGCGGAAAAGGAUGCCCUCAUUAAUAAACUGUUAGACCGUGGACAGGCGAAAGAUCGCAUCCUGUUGGAAAUGAAGACGAGUGAAGCUCUUCCUCCUCAGGUGCUGGAGCUCAGACAGACCAUUGAGGUGCUGCAGAAGAAACUUGAGGAAAGAGAAGCUGAACUAAGCAGGCAAAACAGUGAGGACACUCUGGAUAUAACAACGGUCAGUAAGAAAUCUGUGCUGAUUUUGAAGAAAGAGCUCAUAGAGAAAACAGAAGCUCUGAACGCCGCUCUGAAGAGAGAAAACCAGCUCAAGAUUUCUCUAGCAGAGCUUCAGUCAAAGGUCUCAGACCUAGAGAUGCGUUUAGAAGGAAAGAUAGCCAAUAUCGAGUCCCUGACAUCAACACUCAACACUAAAGAAGAAAUCAUUACUGAGCUGCACCAGCGUUUGUCUCAAAGAGGGGACAGUCGACUUCCUCUGACCUCAGAUCAAGCGUCCCAGCCGGGUGAAAGUGAAUGCAGCAUUUCCUCUCUCCCUCAGAGAGAAAGAACCAUCAUUGGGGGAGAUCGCCAACAACAGGAGGUUGCAUCUCUAUCUGAUCAGCUGACUGAGCAGACAGAGUUAAACCGAGCUCUGAGAGCUGAGCAACAUCUCUAUUCUGACCUCAUCAGAGCCGUCAAAGAUCGUGACAGUGUUGAGAGGCUGCAGGCUCUGCAGCUGGAGCUCACAGCUAUAUCACUCCUCAGACAGCAGCUGGAAAGUGGAGUCCAGAUGAACACAGAGCUGAGAGAUCAGCUACAGAAAGAGAUCCAGAGAGCCAAACAGAGAGAAGGUUCAAACCCUUCAGAGUUAGAGAGUCUGCGGGAUGCACUAGAGGAAGCCCAACGCUGGAACGCCUCUCUGCAAGCCAGACUGGGUCAGAUCCAGAACCGGGGAGGAGGGGUUGGACAAGCCAAUGAUACUAUGGACACACUGAGUUGGAUUGGCGAUCAGACGUCCUAUAUGAGUAUAUGUGUUGGCGAAGGGCCAGAGGAGGAGCUCCAGCACUUGACCAUUGAACAGCUCAGAAAAAAAGUUUUAGAGCUUCAGGCAGUCAAUGCUGAACUGCAGAAUAAGCUGCUUCAGAUGGAGAAAGACAUAGUGGGAAAAGAUCCAGUAGACUAUCAGAAAGAACCAGACCUAAUCAACCUCUCAACUCCAAUCAAGCAAACACAGAUACAGCAGAAACCGACUUCUGAAGAUGAUGUGACACUUAUGCAUCCAAUCACGGAGGAGAGAUGUGAUGAGGCAAAUCGUUCUGCAGAGGAUGUUAGUGAGAGUAAUCAUCCAUCACAAACUCAAAGACAGCAAAGUGGAGUACAACUCGCAUCUAGAUUCUUUAGGGAUGAAUCGGACAAAGCAGAAUUCAGAUCCCUUCUCUCAGAUUGCGGAGCGGAGUCAGUCUCUCAACUCCGGGAGCAAGUGGCCAAACUCCGCUUGGAAGCGUCUGAACUCCGUGGACUUUUGAAGGAAGAAAACGCCACUGAGUCCAAAGAAAGCGCAGAGAGUUCUGGAGAAAGCGACAGCCAUGGAGACUUGCACCAAACCGUGAAGGUGCUCCGCUCAGAAGCCAGAAGUCACAGAAAGAUAAUUCGACUGCUAAAAGAGCAGCUGCAGCAAAACUCUGUCUCUGAUGCUAGAAGUCAACUUGACCUUAAGAUGAUGGACAGCAAUAUGGAUCAACUGCAGACAAACCAUGAAGAUCUUCAGAGACAAACCAGCACACUGGAGAAAGAGAACAAAUCAAGAGAAAGGAAAGAAAUGGAGGAGAGAUAUGAGAGAAGAAGGCAGGGCCAAAGCACCAAAUCCAGCAAGAAUCAGAAGCAGCACAUGGCCAGACAUGCAGCAUAUGUAAAAUCUCGGCUACCAGUACCUGUGAGGCCCAGUAAGGGUUCUGGGCAGAGUUCAGAAGAUCUGAGUGAGCUGAAUUUAGUUCAUGUUCACCCCAGAAACAAAGACUACCUGAUUGGGACGGAAGAGUCUGAUUACAGCACGGACAGCAAGACGUCUUCGAGAUCAGCUCAGCACGGACACCUCGAAUUAGACCACGUUAAAGAUUCUAGCCUGAGACCGACUGCAGAAACGAAACGAGACGCUAACAUGAACGAGAAUCUGGAAUCUGAGCUAAUGGGGCAAUUAGAUUUGUUGAAUCAAGAAUGCCAAGAGAAGGAGGAGCUAAUCUUCCGCCUGAGGGAACAGGUCCAGGAAUGGGACGAGCUACAGGCAGAGCUACAGGAGAAGGACAAGCUCAACCGAGAGUACCUGGAAGCUAUACAAGCGGCAGAGUCUACUAUUGCGUACCUCACCGCAUGCAGCUUGGACUCGGAGUGUGGAAUCGGUCAAACAGGAGAUGUAACCUUGCAGCAACAUUGUGCAGAUCUUCAGAAGGCUGUUGAGGAGAAAGACCGAUUGAACGCUCAGCUCUUGGACUGCUUGAACUCUGCAGAAUCCGCUAUUGCAUUGCUCCAAAAUGUUAACACUGCAAGCAGCCAAAUGGAUCUUGGACAAGAAGACCCAAAAGCACUUUGUGAGAGGUUUGAGGACUUGAUUGAACAGAUCAGAAUUUCUCAUCAAAGCGAUGGAAGGUCAAAAGACUCUCACAUACCAGAGGUUGAUCCAACACUAGGACCUAAUUCUGAGUUACAGCGGCAGGUGGACUCACUGCAGGAGUCACUGUUGCAGCAGUGCAAGAUGAAUGCAGAGCUGCAGGAGAAGCUCUGGACUUCAGAAGCAGCUGUUAAAAAGUUAAGUGCAGCUGUCAGCGCCAAGCACAACAGCGCACCCUCUGCUCUGGAGGGGAAUUGCACUCCUGGACCAGAAGGAAAGGUCUUGUCAUUGCAACAACAACAGUUGAUGGACUGUCUGUCUGAAUGCAUAAGAGCAGCCGAAGGCGCGGUCAAGUCUCUUGCGGACAUUUGCUCCAAACCAAACCAGUCUCACAAGGAGAUCUUGUCCAGUCCAGAGUUAAAGAAAUGGCUGGAGAGGCUGCAGCGUGCUCUGCUGGAGAGAGAGUCUCUUGAGGACCCAGUCUGCGCUGAGAGGCACCAACACAAGACAAGCACGCCCAUUCAGAACCCUAAGAGUUCCAAACCAGAACGCCAACAGAAUGUUCAGGAGCCGGUGACCUCACACCAAAAUCUUCAUAAGAACCUCUUGAUGCUUCUUCAGAUUUAUACAGAGCGUGCUCAGAAAAUGAGCAAACUUGAGGAAGCUGUUAGUGAGCGUGGCCAAAGUGGAGGAGGUGGAGAUGCAACUGGAAAUGAAACUCUGGAGAGGAACGCCCAGAUCGAAAGUUUGCAGAAGGCCCUGAAGGAAAAGCAGAGGGCAUGUCGAAAAUUAGAGGAGAAACUGGUGAUCGCUCAGUCUGUCAUCUCUAUGCAUGGCUCAAAUAAGGAUAAACAGUCUGAUCCUCGCAAAGCACCCCCUAGUGAACGGGAUGAUAAAGGGGUGCAAGUGGAAGCACAGGACCUCGGGUAUGAAACGAGUGGAAGGAGUGAGACGGAGGUGGAGGGCAGUAGCACAGAUGUGGACGGUGUUUUGCGGUUGGUUCCCGCUCUGUCUCCUGUCCUCACGGGCAACCAGGACCGAUUAUCACCUGACACUACUGCAUCCAGCCCCUCGUACCCCAGCUCUCCUGGCUUGAGCUCCCCUCGAACCUCUGACCCUCACACAGACCCUACCCUGCACAUCCAGCAGCUCAGGUCACAGAUCGAAGGACAACACAAAGUCAUCCAGAACCUCCAGAGGCAGCUGCGGAAGAAGUCUUUGUCAUCUGAGCUCCUGAGUGUGACCUCUGACCCCACAGUAGGUGAAGAGGAAGAGCAAACAAAGAUGCUGAAGGCUCAAAUCGCCCAGCUGAGCACUGAGCUAGAAAAAGAGAGGACCCUGAACAGAAGCAGCCAAGCAGGCUCUCCCUCCAGGAUUGAGUCUCUGGUCCAGUCUCAGGCCCGGGAGUUGUGUGAGCUGCGGGAACAGAUCCGUGUGUCUCGUGGUUUGGGUGUGGAACAACGUAAACAGCUGCUGGAGCUCAGACGAGCUCUAGAGGAGUUACUUCAGCCUAAUAACAUGCACUCCGCUCAGGGAACCCAGCUCAGAGAGCAUCUGGAUCACAGCCUGAGUCUGCUGGAGAAACUGGAGCAGGUUUCUACAGGAGGGUCUGGUAUGGAUAAUGAAGAAGUAGCGGAGUCAGAGAUGAAGCUCAGACUCUCUGCAGAACUACUGGAGAAAGACCGACUCAUUCAUUCUCUGCAACAUCAACUGCGAAUGCAAGUUCCCAGAAUGCACCAGCACUCCGACUCUGAGAUGAGUGACAGGCUGUCCAGCGAUGGCACCACCUCCUUCCACGACAGCCCUCCUGCUGUCCGCAGGCAGACCCCCAACAGACCUCACACAGGGGUGAAGGCCGUCAAUGGCGAUGCAUUUUCAGAUUCACGGCUGGUUUCUGUCGAAGGGGGCGCGGAUGAUGAUGAUGGAGAGGGGAGUGUCCGAAUGCUACAGAGGGAGAAUAGCCGUCUGCAGGAGCAGCUGAGAAGCAGCGAGGAACUAAACGCUACACUUUCCAGUGAGCUGGACCUUACUCGAUCUGUCCUGAAGCACAAACCACAGAGCCAGACCGGAGACAAGCAGCCGGAGCAGCAGAACACGUCAGCCAGCACGACCAUCAGCUCAGAUCUGUUAGCUGAGCACCUGCAGGAGAUCCGAGCGUUGCGUCUGCGUCUUGAAGAGACGAUAAGAACCAACGAGAGACUCCGAGAACAGUUAGAAAGAAAGUUACAGGAAGCUGAGAAAGACUCAGCCACCAACAUCUUCAUCACUGGUUCUGAGGAUCAGACUCACAUCAGCAGCGAACUGCACUUCCUCCUCACCCAAAACCACACACUCAAAGAGCAGCUCAACCAGGGAGCUCGAGAUAAACAGAAGGAGAACGACCGCCUGAGGGAGACUUUGGCCAGACGAACCGCUAAACUAGAGCUGAGCAGAAAAGAGUGUGAAACACUGAAACAGGAGAAAGAUCAACUACAGGACGACCUGUACAGGUUGCAGUGUGAGAACAGUCAUCAGAGGCAGCAGUUGUGUGAUACCCAGCAGCUCUUGCAGUCUGUGCGUCUGGAGCUGCAGGUGCAUGAGCAGAUGAAGAACUCCACACACACUCACACAGGUGAGGGCCGUGGCUCUGGAUCAGCGGCGGAUCUGAGCGAGCUGUUGGCUGAGAUCAGACAGCUGCGUGUUCAGCUGGAGAGAAGCAUCCAGAUCAACAGCACACUGAGACAGAGACUAGAACAACAGCUGCUGACCCGCAGCGACCCCAGAUCAACCAUCAACAUCAACUACCUGUUGCCCACAACAGAUGAAGCUGGUAAAUCAGAUGUUCUUCACACUCAUAGAGACACAUCCAGUGCUGCACAUGACAGCGCUAGCUCGGUGGACUCUGGUUCUCACGCUCCGUCCCGGCUGGUCCCGGGUCACCGGCUGUGGGCGGACAGACGCGGGCGUCACGUUCUGGGUCUGAUCGAGGACUAUAACGCCCUGCGCAAGCAGAUCACUGAAGCCAAGAGACUCACUGCAGAUCUGGACACACAGAUACACGACUGCGGCCGGGCUGGGGAGCAGCUGAAGAGCGUCUCUGGGAGUGUGAACACCAUGCAGCAGGUUCUGGAGGAAGCCGCUCGACUUCUCAAACUGCUCUGGAGAGUCUCGCUGCCCUCAGGAGACGCCACACACACUCGACAGGAGGAGCUGCUGAAGAGUGAGAUCAGUCGUCUGAAGACUCGUCUGUCUCAGCAGGAGCGGAUGUUGAGCGGAGCUGUCAAACGUCUCCGAUCCUCCAACCAGCUGAAAGAGGGCAUGGAGCGCAUCAUCAUCGACCAGCUGUCUCUGACUCACGGCGUGCUGAAGAGGGCCAGAGGAAACCUGGAGUCUAACUCUCUGAAUGUUUUUGGGCUGAAGGGUCUGCAGGUGGAAGGACGUCCCACUGAAUGGCCAGUGACCAAUCAGAAGACAGGGGGCGUGGCCUGUCCUCAGCAGGGUUCAGGCGGAGGCUCAGCCUGCAGUGAAAACUCCUCCCACUGCAACUGUUAGAAACUUCACACUGACUCCAGAUCAGGACUGCUGAUUCCUAACAUGGUUUUCUCUUGUAUUCUGCCUUCUUAAUUUAUUACUCUUUUUUUUGAGGUACGCUGAUGUCAUUCAGAAGUAUUUGCACAUAUACAGUGAGCAUUUAAUCGUGUAAAAGGGAAUGUUUUUUAAUAGCGGAAGAGAUUUUCUCCUGUAAAUACUUUGAGCUUUAGUUUUAUACUGGUUUAAGACAGUCUCAUGUUCACUGCUGGUCUCCUGUGAUUACGUAUUAUCCCGCUUAAGAAAUCAAAUAUUUUGAUGUAAACAAGUGGUACAUGUACAUUACAUGAGUGCAUGGUUUAAUGUAGCAGACUGUGUUUAAAGUAAAUGCAUAAACCAUCAUAAAA